CCCUCCCAAACUUUUCCUUGACAUGGAAGAGGCCAUCGUUAUCUGCUUUCCAUGGCCGUUCAUCUCCUCCUAUCUUCCCCUCCAAAACCCCCUCCUCAAAACCCUAACCGUGACCCUAAAUUUUGCCCUAAAACUUGUCAAUGGCCAAAGUCUAGGAGGGAAGUCAGCAUCCAAGCCUUAACCAUUUCUAUCGUAUCUUUGACUCCAUGGGUUUCUGUUCCAACUGCGCUAUCGGCCUCUCUGGAGACCAGCGCUGCUCCUCGAAAGCCAUCACUAUCUGGGAUUUCGAACACCAAGUCUUGGAAUCAGUUCUUCGGGGAUGGCUUUUCCAUUCGUGUUCCACCUCUUUUCGAAGACAUUAUGGAGCCGGAGGACUACAAAGCUGGAUUGUCAUAUUACGGUGAUAAAGCAAAACCGAAGACAUUUGCAGCUCGUUUUGCAUCUCCAGAUAGAUCAGAAGUUCUAAGUGUGGUGAUCCGGCCAUCCAAUCAGCUAAAGAUCACUUUCUUAGAGGCCAAAGAUAUUACAGAUUUAGGCACUCUCAAGCAGGCAGCAAAGAUAUUUGUUCCUGGUGGUGCAAAUUUGUACUCUGCCCGUACAAUAAAAGUCAAGGAAGAUGAAGGUCUAAGGAUUUACUACUUCUAUGAGUUUGGUGUUGAUGCACAGCAUGUUGCUUUAGUGGCUACCAUUAACAGUGGCAAGGCAUACAUAGCUGGUGCUGCUGCUCCACAGACAAAAUGGGAAGAUGAUGGUGUCAAGCUAAGAUCUGCUGCAAUAUCUUUAUCGAUCGUGUAGACCUGUAUAGAAGUUACGAGAAAUUGGAUAAAGAUGGUGGAAGAAAAAGAAGAAGAAAAGAAGUAAGCAAUACAUUCCUUCAAGAGAAUUUUGCUUGAAUGCUUCAUUUAUACCAUCUUGAAUUCGACGUGAUUAUGUCCCCAAGCACAAAGCAGCUAACCAGAAAGAUUAUGAACCUCCAUAUGGUUCUAUGAGAGGGGGUGCACAGGAGUUCUAUGUCCAUAUAAUUUUUAUAGACAGGAAUUUCAAAAUGGAACCUAUCUUUGUUUCUUUAUUCUUUUCUUUCAGAAAAUGAGUUUGUCUUUAACUUUAACUCAGUUUUUUGAUGUAUUAGCAUUAUAGGACUUUGAGGCUUCAUUUGAGCUACUCCCACUUCUAAAUAUCAUGUAGAAUCCGAAGACAAGGAAUUUUGAGUUGGUUUUUAAUGCUUUCAUUUCUAA